UGUUUUUGUUUUUGUUUUGCUCGCAUCGUUUGAUGGACUUCGCCAAGAAGAUUCUCGGGAAAUAUGGCUGGAAGGAGGGCGAGGGUCUGGGCAAGAAUAGCACCGGCAUUGCCGCUCCGUUGAAGGCAAGCCUCAAGUUCGACAACGCGGGCUUGGGCGUGGACCGGGCGCAGGAAUUCAACGACCAUUGGUGGGAGCGGUGCUUUAACGAGGCGGCCAACAAUGUGGAUGUCCAGGUGCAGCAGGAUGGGCACGUCAGCACGGGUCGCAAGGAGGGCGAGGAGGCUGUCGAGAUCUCCACCAAAGGAUUCUCUGCGCGCAAGCUGCGGAAGGCCAAGGAGCAGCAGGCCAACGCUGGUGCGGCCACCUACGACAACUUUCUGCAGACUGCGCUGCUCACCCAGAACGGCGGAGAGGUGGAAAAUGGGGAGCGCAUCAAAGUGGAGGACAUAGCCGUCUCCAAAGUCAGUGUCCUCACGGAUGAGGAGUUGUUCAAGGCGUGCGGCGGACGAACGGCGCACAAAGGCGCUCGACAUGGCCUGAAAUUGAGUGGAAAACUGGCACGGAUAGAGCAGCAGGAGCGUGAGAUGUUGGAGCAGCUGCAAAGCAAACAAAAGUCUCGCUUGGAUGAGGAAGCAACCCAGAAGAAGAAGAAGAGGGACAAGACAGAGAAGACCCAAGAGUUGCAGGUGGAAGCUGAACAGCCGCCUGUGGAGGAGCCCGUCAAGUCAAAAAAGAAGAAGCGCAAGAAUGAGGAACCCGAACAAGAAGCUGAAGCUGAUGCGCCAGUCAAGAGCAAAAAGAAAAGGAAGCAAAAGCACAGGCAGGAGGAGGAUCAGGAAUAGGGUAAAUAGAGUCUAUUUAAGAGCACAUAAAUUGUAUGUAUUUAGUUAUAAUAAAUCUAUACACGAUCUGGGAAGGCAGGUAAAUCUAA